UCUGCGUGCUGGCGACUGACGGGGCAGAGCGCACGACGCCGCCUACGCGCGAGCUGCAACCUCCUACCGUCGUCGCCGCCAGUACAGGAGGGGGGCCAAGACGUCUCUCCAACGGGGGGCGAGUGCAGGACCGCGUCAAGCGUCCAAAAGAAGGAAGAUGCCUCGCGGCGACAGAGAAAGCGACUGGAGGGAAAAGGAGCAGUUCCGCAAACUGUUCAUUGGUGGCUUAAGCUUUGAAACAACAGAAGAAAGCUUGAGAAACUACUAUGAACAAUGGGGAAAGCUUACAGAUUGCGUGGUAAUGAGGGAUCCUGCAAGCAAAAGAUCAAGGGGGUUUGGUUUUGUUACAUUCUCCUCCAUGGCUGAAGUUGAUGCAGCUAUGGCUGCAAGGCCUCACACGAUUGAUGGAAGGGUGGUUGAGCCUAAGCGAGCUGUGGCUAGAGAGGAAUCUGGAAAGCCUGGUGCUCACGUUACUGUGAAAAAAUUAUUUGUUGGUGGUAUUAAAGAGGAUACUGAAGAGCACCACCUUCGUGACUACUUUGAGGAAUAUGGGAAGAUUGACACUAUUGAAAUUAUUACUGACAGACAGUCUGGUAAAAAGAGAGGGUUUGGCUUUGUUACAUUUGAUGACCAUGAUCCUGUGGAUAAAAUUGUAUUGCAGAAGUAUCACACCAUCAAUGGUCAUAAUGCAGAAGUACGGAAAGCUCUCUCUAGACAGGAAAUGCAAGAAGUUCAGAAUUCUAGGAGUGGGAGAGGAGGGAACUUUGGUUUUGGUGAUGCGCGUGGAGGUGGCGGCAACUUUGGUCCCGGACCCGGCAGUAAUUUCAGAGGGGGAGCCGGUAAGACAGAUGGAUAUGGAAGUGGCCGUGGAUUUGGCGACGGGUAUAAUGGAUAUGGUGGAGGACCUGGAGGUGGCAACUUUGGAGGUAGUCCUGGUUAUGGAGGAGGAAGAGGAGGAUAUGGUGGAGGAGGACCUGGAUAUGGCAACCAGGGUGGGGGCUAUGGAGGUGGUUAUGACAACUAUGGAGGAGGCAAUUAUGGGAGUGGAAACUACAAUGAUUUUGGAAACUACAACCAACAACCCUCAAAUUACGGUCCAAUGAAGAGUGGAAACUUUGGUGGCAGCAGGAACAUGGGGGGACCAUAUGGUGGAGGAAACUAUGGUCCAGGAGGCAGUGGAGGAAGUGGUGGAUAUGGAGGGAGGAGCCGUUACUGAGCUUCUGCAAGCCUGCCAUGGCUAUGAUAUGAACCCUGGACAAGCAUAGACUGCUGCCACUGUACACUGCUACAGUUGAACAAAUGAGACCUGCAAGUGUCCAUUAGUAAAGCUUUGCAAGGGUUCCAUCCCUGGUGUUGGUAGUUAAAAUGGUAGGUCACAAGUUAAUUAAAUCAUACAACUUUAUUUUUGCAUCCUGCAACAUUUUAUUUUUUCUUGGGAGUCUAUGCAUUAUGGUGGUUGCAAGGUAAUGCAAUGAAGGUAGUUCUGUGCUGUUGAAAAUGAGCGAUGUUGUUAUGUGUCUUGUCUACAGUAACCUAUUCUAUAUAACACAUUUCAUCCUGAAGGUUCCCAAGUAACUUUAGACCUUUUUCAUAUAAGGAAAAAAUUGCACCACUGAAUACAUCUGCCUCUGUGAAGGAAUGUGUCGGCUAUUCUUUAACAACUGCAUAAGCAGUUCUUUAGGAGGGAAGGUGAAAACUUCAAAUGAAACAGCAGGUGGUAUUUUUAUAAGUGUAUAAUGUAAUUACCUAAAUUGGAAUUCGGCUAGAAUGAUGAGGUUUCCACCAUUUUUUAUAGUUCUUGCAGCUAAUAAACCUUAGUGCCAAAUUUAGUCAGCCUUACUCGUAUUGCAUUGAAUGUGUAUUCCUCAAAUUAAUGAAAAUUCACCAAGUAAUGAGUUACUCAGAGUAAGGAUGGCAAAAUACACUAGAUUUGGUUUUUUUUAUUAAAAAUUGACAAAACUCACCCAAAACACCCCAAUUUCAAAGUUCUGUUGCCUUUGAAAGGCUACACGCUAAAGAACAUGGACUCAGUUAAUGAAAGUCCUGUUCCAUUUGUGUUAGACACACCAGUGAACUGCUUAUACUUUUUUUUUUUUUUUUUUUUUAAUGGCUGAAGUUCCCCUAUUGGUAAUUUGGUUUAGACAUAUGUGAUAAACAUCUUCAGAUACACUUUUUUUUUCUUUGGCAGGAAGGUGCCAUGCUGCA